UUUUCAGUACUUUUUCUCUUUUUAAAAUGAGAUCGUGAAAGUCGUGUCGGUUGUAGCGCGUUUAUAAAUUUUUUUUUUGCGGAAUUUUUGAAGAAAGACUUAAAAGAAACAAUAUUUUGUUUGUUUGUUUGUUUUUGUUUGUUUUUUUUUUUUUUAAAUAGAAACCAACUGUGCUGUGAAAAGAAAACGCAAGAGAAUUAUGCAGAAAGUAGAUAAAACCUGAAAAAAAAAGUUAAACACUACAGCAACAUAUUUAUUUAAAGAAGCGAAGAAAAAAAAUUGUAAAAGUCGUCUGCAAAACUUAAAAGAAUGAAAAAUUUGCAGUAAUGUGAUAACGAAGAUUUUCUUGCCAAAGCCAGCAUAAAACUGCAAAAAGAAAGAAGAAGUAUAAAGUAGUAGUAGAAAAGAAGGAGCAAAAAAUAAAUAAAAGAAGAUAUCAAGUAAAAUUUGUUGAUGGCUUUGAGAGCCAACUCUAACCAAUAAAGUAAAACGCGUGUUAACUACGUUAAGUUGUGUGUAAGCGCUUUUUUCUUUUUUUUUUAAUGCGGUUGUGAGCGAAUCUGUGUACAAAAUAAGCAGCAAAAUAUAAAAAAUAAAAACCUGAAAGAAGUGUUUGUUAAACUUAUAAAAAGAAUUUUAUUUAUAUAGAGAUAAUAUAUUUAAAGAAAAAGAUUUUUAGGGUUCACUUUUAUGGGAAAUCACUAGCGCUUGCCUUAAUAGCAGAGUAAUUAAUAAUCCACCACCAUCCUUACUAUCUGCUCUAUACCACCAUCUUAUUAUCGAGAUAACAGAGAUAACAUUAUUUUCUUUUUAAGAAAUUUGUGAGACUUUGUUUUUUGAUUCCUUUGGUUUUUUUUUUAUUUUAAAUAUAUAUAUAUACAUAUAUAUGCACUUAUGUAUGUGAAAGAAGACGAUACGUUAUAGUGUACUGUGAAAAAGUAAAAAAAGUUUUCUUUUCACAUUUUCACAGAUCUUCAGAAGUCAUUGUUGUUAAUAUAUUAAUGAACCGACCAAAUCAUAAGCAAAAAUGUUCUGAUUCAUGCAAACAAUAUUAGAUAAAAUAAGGGAGUUAAGUAAAGAAAAAACCUAAAGAAAAAUGUGUGUGCCUAUGUAUGUAUAAACGAUAUUUAAUUCAUAUUAAAUAAUUAAAAAUAUUUAAUGAAUACCUGGUAAAAUAUAUUAAAAAAGAAGAAAAAAAAAAAAAACUGCUGUUGCUGCUCAAUUUACGGAAUAAAACUUCUUUUUAAUUAAAGAUUAUAUCGUGGAAGGCUUAAUAUAAUUGGCCCAUCAUAAUAAUGUGGUGAACGACUGUAAGUGAUUUCAUUGCCCAAACCAGAUAGGAACACUCAACCAAAUAUUAUCGAACACUUGGUCAAUUCUUUCGCAGGGAUGGUUAAAAAAGAGACAGAAAUGUCGCUACCGUCGAUAUCAACAUCUGCCUCUAAUCCAAUUAGCAACCAAGAGACUGAUUUAGCGGCCAUGUCGUUAGAAGUACUGAACACUUCUAAUGAAAUUAUACAACCAAUUCAUAAUUCCUCUGCAUUUGCUAAACCAAUGAUUUCUUCAUCCAAGAAAAAACAUUAUAAGACGUCAAAACGUGCUACAACUAGAAAUUGCAAUUUCAACGGCGACGAACCAAAUCACACAAACAAGCAUAAAGUUGAUAUUAUAAACGAUGUUGUUAGCGGUGUUGGUGGCAAUCGUGAUGGUGUUGUUGGUGUUGGUUCAAAUAUUAUAAAGACUUCAUUGUCGAUGACUUCAUUGCCACCGGAUGAGCACCAGGAAGAAAGUCGUGAUGUUAUUAAGGCCAAAUUGCGUAUUGAAAGGCCCUACAAUAGUUUAAAGAAAAAUGUCGAUCGUAACCUUACAAAUCAACUCGCUCGUAUGCAUGCAAUAAGCUUUAAUCGUAGUAGCGGUGCCAAUUGCACAAACGGUAUUGGCAGUAAUCACAACAACAGCGCCAAUGGUGGUAGCGGUAGUAGUAAACAAAAUCGUCAUUCAUGGGGUAGCGGUUACAGUUCAUCAUCUUUGCAUAGUAGUGCUGCUACUUUAGGUAUUGGAUCUGGCAAGGAUGAUUUGUGGGCUGCAAUACAAACUAAUUAUAAUUACAUUAUGGACACAAACCUUUUGGAUACAUGUAAAGAGGCACGUUGUGAAAUAGAGGGAGCCACCAGCGUUUUAGAUAAUCCAAUGGAUAAUUGUUUUAAGAUGCUGGCUGAUAAUCAACGUAACGAAGGUUUAUUCAAUGAAGAUCCCAAAGAAUUACGUAAAUGGUUGCGUGAAAUGGAGCAUAAGUUGGAGAAUGCACCCACUUUAUCGGAGGCCACACUUCUUACUUGUGCUGAAUUGCAAAAUCAUUUAGCUGAACAUUCGGUGUUAUACCAUGAAAUUGUAUCACACGCUCGAGUGGUAAGCGCCUGCAUAAGAGCCGCCUCUGAGAAAGAGAAACAACAACAGCAAUUGCAACAACAGCAACAACAGCAACACUUAUUAACUAUCAACGAUUCCAGUUUAAUAGCGGAACAAACUAAUUCUUCACUUUCUUCCACGGAUGAUACAACGACAACGAUAACAACGACAACGACAGCGACAACAACAUCAACACCAACAACAGGUACAACAAACUCUGAUAGCUCAGGUAUUGUUGUCGAUGCAACGUUAGAUGCAGAAAAAAGCCUAACUUUUGCUGAAACCGCAUCGCCAUCUACUAAUAGCAGCAGUGAAGCAAUUGUCGUUCAUCAUAAUAAAAAAAUUGAAAAUCAAUUAGAACGUUUGCAGAAUCGUUAUCAUUUAUUGUAUUUAAAAGCAUUCGAAGUUCAAUUAUGGUUGGAUGGUUUAUUGCGAAAGAAAAGCAUAUCAGCGGGUAAUUCAACUAAUGACGAUUUAGAUAGUGAAGACAUAGAUGACUUGGCGGAUUCUUCUUCUUCAUCGGACGAGGGUGAACAACCAGAGGAUCAUUUAGUUAAUAUUCAUUGCGGCGGGCAACAUGAAUUCGAAGCUGGCGCCACUGAAGAUGAUUUAAAUGAUGAAGUUUCCGAUUUAGAAAGUGACAUAACACACGAUAACUCAUUGUCAUCUUAUAAUAAUAACAACAACAACAAUAAUAAUAAUAAUAAUAAUAACAGCAACAAUACUAACGGCAACAUUAUCAUGCAAAUGACAACAAUACAAGCAUACAGCAUCUAA